GUAGACCUUUACUUUUUUCUGACCGCCUGCCUUGCAUCCCCGUUGUUGAUGUCCCACCACCUUAUGUUACAAGGGAGUGAAUAUUUCAACAGUAGCGCAGGUGACAGACCGUUCCCCCUCUGGUCUGACCUAACGGCCAGCAUUUACCUCCGCCUUGGGCAACCGAGAGACAGGGAACAAGCACAGUCCUACUUUGCUGCUUGAAAGGAACAUGGGAUCCGUCGGACACUUUUCCUCGGUUUUGUUGGUCCUCUUUCUGUUGGGGCUUCAUCACUCCUCAGGUUUCUGGCUCUUGAACGUCCUCUUCCCUCCAAACACCAAACCAAGGAUAGGCCUACAAAGCAACGGCACUCCACCACUCAUAAUUGUGCCAGGAAACCUGGGGAACCGCCUAGAAGCCAAGAUUGACAAGCCAACAUUGGUCCACUGGAUGUGCUACAAGAAAACUGAUCACUGGUUCCCCCUGUGGAUUGACCUCAACAUGUUCAUGCCCAUAGGUUUAGACUGCUGGAUUGAUAAUAUUAGACUUGUUUACAACAGAACGACUAGGCGAUCAUCCAACUCACCAGGGGUGCAGGUGCGGGUGCCAGGAUUUGGGCAGACAUAUCCCAUCGAGUUCCUUGACUCUAACAAACUAGCUGGUUAUUUUCACACGAUGGUGCAACAUUUGGUCCAGGUGGGCUACACCCAAAAUGAGACAGUCCGAGGAGCACCAUAUGAUUGGAGGCUAGCUCCAAAUGAGAAUGCAGAUUAUUUUAUACAGCUGCAAGAGCUGGUUGAAGAAAUGUUCAACCAGUAUGAGGAGCCUGUUUACCUGCUGGCCCAUAGCAUGGGCUGCCACUAUGUCCUCUACUUCCUCAACCACCAGCCCCCUGCCUGGAAAGACAAGUACAUUAAGGGCUUCAUUUCCCUGGGAGCUCCUUGGGGGGGUGCUGUUAAACCUCUAAGAGUCCUGGCAUCAGGUGAAAAUGAUGGCAUUCCAAUGAUUUCGAACAUCAAGAUUCGAGAGGAGCAGAGGAUGGCAACAACUAAUCCCUGGAUGCUGCCAUCUCAGGAGGCCUGGCCAAAAGACCAUGUGUUCAUCUCCACACCGACCUUUAACUACACCAACCAGGACUAUCAGCGUUUCUUCACAGACAUCAAUUAUGAGGAUGGCUGGUACAUGUGGGAGGACACCAAGAAUCUCACCAGUGAUCUACUUCCCCCAGGUGUUGAGGUAUGGUGUAUGUAUGGAGUGGGAAUCCCAACUCCUGUAACAUACAUAUAUAACGAGGAUUUUCCCAAUGUUGACCCUGUAGACUUUGUAUAUGCUGAUGGGGACGACACAGUUGACAGCUUUAGUAUGAGUCUCUGUAAACGGUGGGCAGGGCAGCAGGAGAAACCUGUCCAUGUUACAGAGUUCCGAGGGCUUGCCCACUUGGACAUAGUGUUCCAUGAAAAGGUGCUAAAUCAAAUUCAGUGCAUCUUAGAGGGCAAAUCAGACGUACCAGAAAAUGUUGAUUUCAGAUCUGGACCCAACUAGCAGACAGCACCUUAUAAAAACUAACUGUAUAAAUAAUUAGAUGAAUGAAUGAAUACAUUAAUUAAUUAAAACACAAGGUUUACAUAUUGAACCUUUUGGUCUACUGAAAUAUAAAGAUAAAAUAAAGUUAUAUUCGAACAGCUCCAACAAAUGUGAGCAUCAUAGGUCAACAGUUCUCUGUUGAAAUUUUGCAAAAAAAUUAAACUGACCAUCCUCUCUUCCUUUAUCUGUUUAUUUUUUCUAGAUUUUGUAAUUCGUUGUAUUUACUUUAGACAAAUUGUUAUCAUGUUCACACUGUGUUGCUGUCAUCUUGGUACAAUCAAAAAGAUAGACAUUGUUAACUAUAAGUCAUUUUAGCAUGGUUCAUCAAAUGUCAGUCUAUGUAGUACUGUCCUUUCAGGCUUCUUCAAAUUUUUGUUACUUACAUCUGUAAAAAGAAGCAAGCUGGGUGUAUAUACUGAUGAUUUGAUGUGAACACAUCUGUAUUUUUUAAAAAGUGCACACGUACCGAAGUGACAUGUAGUGAGUGACUGCUGUAAAUUGAAGUCUGUUUCAAAGUAAAUAUUGUCUGUCACAUUUUAAUUAGGAAAUUGUUGUUGGUGGAUAACUCUAUUAAACCUUUUUGAAGUAAUAAGAGAUUUCAUUUUCUUAUGCUCAUGUUUAGUUUCAUUACAUUUCAAACUGUUUAUAAGCAUCUAUUUGAUUUUUUUUAUAUAUAUUUUUGAUCUGUCUAUUUAACUUAAUUAUAUUUUAACAUGCCAUAAAGUCACUCAAGCAUACCAUGGACUAUAUAAGCUUGCAUGUCCUAUCUGAGAAAUGUUCUCAAGGGCAUCUUUUAUCUGUAUAAAUGUUAUUUCAUGGAUUUUAAAUAAGAAAUUCAACAUUCUUUCUUUAGGCAGUGUGUUUUAUUUAAUCUUUCUUUUAUAGACAAGGUACAAAGAGAACAUUAAAAGUUCGGACAUAAUAACUAAAAGAAGGGUCUAAAUUAAACUACACAAAGUAAAAAAAACAGUGACAAAAAGGGAAAAUGAAAAAAAGAAUAAAUGAAUGAAAAUAAAUAAGAAUAAAAAUAAAUUAAAAUACCUGUUCACAGACUGUUAUGUGUACACAGCAAAACCAUUUUCAAUUACCAAGAGGCCUAGAAAGACUUUUAACAGAAGAAAUAAAAGGCUGCCAGACUGCUUCAAACUUUCCAGUGGUUCCCUGUUGUGUAUUUCUUAUCUUUUCUAUUUUGAGAAAAUACAUGACCUCACAAAUCCACCUGCCAAAAGAGGUGAAAUUCUGCAUUUUAUAUUAAAUACAUUAAUGAAAAAAAUGAUAAUACAUUUUGCUUAAGAUUCAGCCACACUCUGACUCACUUGGUUGCUAAUAUUUGAUGAGAUGACACUGAAAUUAUAAAAGUUUCCCCCAGUUUUUAUUUAUCUUUCUUUCUUUUAGCUCUGAAAAUCAAUGAAUCCAUCUCACCUGUGUCAAAACAAUGUUAUAAGGGUUAUUCAAAUGUGAGGAUUUUUUUAAUUUAUUUUUUAAUCAUAUAAAAUUGUAUGUAUGAUAUCUAAUUGCUGGUAUUAACUUGAAUUUUAAUUUGAUGUUGCUUCUGCCCUUCACCUUUCUGUCUUUUCUUUUUAAUAUCAUGAUUUUACUCUCCUUGAUGAACAGACACAGUGCUCUGGUGCUAGUCCCUUUCAGUAAGCAGUGCUUUCAUAGGUCUGAGAAAGGACUGAACCAUUUAGUGGAAAUAAAGGGGAUUUUUUUUUAGAAUAUAGACCUUUGAUGAAGUCUUUUUCAUUUUAUAAUUAAUAUUAAUAAUAGAAUUACAUACAAAAUAUCAUGUUAAACCUAAUUAAAAAUAAACUUUUAAAAUAAAAUAUCUUUAUUAUUCCAGAUUAAAGGCCUGUAUGGAGAGAAAUUGUUUUUGGAUUUCAUUAACAGGAUAAUACGGCUUGUUUGUUUAAGUUAGACAGUUUGCCAGGAAUAAAUAUAUAUAUAUAUAUAUAUAUAUAUAUAUAUAUAUAUAUAUAUAUAUAUA